UUAAUUUUGUUCUGCCAGCAAGAUCCUCAUUUCAUUUCUAAAUCUUGUUAAAUGAGGAGGUAUAGCAUUUCGUUUCCAUGGUUAUUGUCUCUGUAACCAACAGCCUGGACACUUGCAACCUGUAGAAACUGUUGUUUUAUUCAAUGAAGUAAAACUUUGGUUGUAUAGCACCUUUCAAUGUAUAAAAAUCAGAAUGUGCUUCACAACAAACUAAUGGAAAAACCCUAGAGCCAGAAAUACUUUAAACAAUAAUGACAAACAGAAGCCAGUGUAGAUGCAUAGAGAAUGGAGCCACAUGUGAAAAGUUAAACUGUGUAGUCAGAAUCCCAGCAUCAGCAUCUGAACAACUUGCAGCCUUUGUUGGCUCUCCUGAGAUGUGCAUAGUGUACUGAACCAACCCGACCAAAAUGAAAUUAUUUCCAGCUCAAACUGGGAGACAAUUGAUCUUAGUUUGGCAAUGUUUCUCAAAAGAUGGAGAAACUAAAUAAAGCAGAAACUUGACAUCUCCAUGUAAACUAAGACAAGGUGCAAGUUAUUAUAAGGUUCCCAACAGAUGACUUUACCAAAAUGCUGAUACGUCUGACAGUCUGCUUUAUUUUUGCACAUAUAUUUUUCAGGUGCAAAGAUAAGCUAAGCUAUAUAUAAUUAUUUAAUCUUAGAAACUAGCUCUGCAAAUUGCAUGAACACUCUGGCUACCUUUGAGCAGACAGUUUAAGGAAGAACUGUAAACAUCUUGAACAAUAAAUGAGCCACACAAGCAGAAGACGUUCUGACAUCCUCUUUCAAAAAAGGAGGAAGAAUAAAUGCAGCUGGUUGGUUUUAUACGACUGGAGCUUUUGAACAGAGUGGAUGGUUAUUUGAUCUGCUGCUGAUUGAGUGAAAUUCAAGAUUUACUAGAUUUAACUGAAGAAUUUUAAUUUAAGGUCUGAGAGAAGAUGAAGGACUAUCACAGUCUGUCUGAGAACAUGUUGACAGUCAACAUGUUACUGAGUGUCUUCUUUCUUUCAGGUGGCUUUGCUGAUCAUUGUCAAAGUCGUACACCUUCCUUUUUAAUUACAACACCAAAGUCCAUCGUAGCACUGAGUGGAUCUUGUUUGCAAGUCCCAUGUAGCUUCACAGUUAAAGAGGCAGAAAAUGAUUUUAACAGUGGAAAACAAACCUCUGCAGCAUGGAUUCCAAGUACUAAGAGUAUUUUUGACAUCAGUCAGGGAUUUAAUAACCAUCAAAUAAAUAUUACUGGAAACAUAAAACAGAAAAACUGCACCACUGUGUUUUCUGAUAUAAAUACAACACAAGAAACGGAAUAUUUCCUCAGAAUCGAGACAGAUAAAUACAGAGGAUCAGGUUGUUCUACUCCUCUAAAGAUUACAGUUCAAGAUUCUCCUGAGAAACCCAGAAUUGAACCUGAUCUGACAAAUCUGAAGGAGCAUCAGUCUGUCACUGUAACCUGCUCAGCUUUCACUCCGUGUCCACAAUCACCUCCUGAACUCACCUGGAAUCUCCAACAAGACUCUCUCAGACAAACAGAGAAAAACACAGAUGAAACCUUUACAACUAAAAUCCAGGAGAACAUCACUCUGUCAGACACACAUGAUGGAUACAACAUCAGAUGUUCUGCCAGAUAUCCUGUGAAUGGAGGAAUCAAGACAGCAAAGACUAAAGUGACUCUCAGUGUUUCAUAUGCUCCUAGAAACACCUCAGCAUCCAUCAGUCCAUCAGGUUUGGUGUCAGCAGGUAGCUGGGUGGAGCUGAGCUGCUCCAGCAGAGCCAAACCUCCACCCAGCUUCACCUGGUUCUGGAACAACAAAGAUGGAGCCACUAAUGUGUCUGUGGGGCCAGUUUAUAGCUUCAAUGCCACCGAGGGAGAAGAGUAUUACUGUGUGGCCACAAAUGAUCUGGGUCAAACCAGAUCACCCUUGAUCCUAGUUACCAAUAAAGCAUUUCCAUUAUGGAUUGCACUUCUUGCAUCAAUCAUUGCCAUUUUGCUCAUCUGCCUGGUGAUCUGUGUUUGGUGUAAGUUCAAACAUCCAACUCCACAACAGACUCAGACUCAAACAGAGACGGAGGUUCAAAUGUCAGACAGAAAGCCAGAUGAAGAAAUCCACUAUGGUGAAGUGAGCUUCCUCCCGAGGAGACCUGAAGCCUCCGCCGUCUCAGUGCAGGACAGUGGACAGCAGGAGUCGGUGUACGCUUCGGUCAAAGGGUCUGCUGAUCGUUCAGAGGAUCUCUACGCUCAAGUGAAGAAAAACUAACUCAUGUUGUUGGAUCAAAACAUACAUGUGUACAUAUGCAUGCAUGUCUGUAUAUAUACUGCUCAAAAAAAUAAAUGGAACACUUAAACAACACAAUAUAACUCCAAGUAAAUCAAACUUC